CCCUCCUCUCGGUUUGGUUCAGUGGACGGAGAGGCAGACAGUCAAGCAGCUCAUGACAGCAGGGAAAACAUUUCUGUUUUCCUUUGACAGAGUGGAGUCGAGUAAAUCUGGCAGUUUCAUGAAGCGCACUGCAGCUUUCACGGAAAUGAUUCACCUGCAGUUUUCUUUCGGACAGUAAAAAGAAAAAAAGUUUGAAGCUGGAGAGAAAUGACGUCCCAGAGAGACGCUUCAAAUGGAGAGUGAGUGAAGCAGCCAAACCGGAUCUUUAAAAAGUUUCGUAAAGGACGUAGCUCCAUCGUGAGGCAGCAUGUCAAACCGUGAUUCCCUGGGGGUUGGGGACCUGCUUCCCCAGGACGUUAUCCAUGUCUUUGCCCAGGAGAAGCACAGCAAAAGGGGCCGAAAGAAGCGCACUCGCUCCCUCCGUCGAGCUUUCGGCUGGUUGAAGAGAAAAAAGAGGAAGAGCUCUGGCAGUAAUGGGCAGAACCACGGUAUGGGCCCUGCGCUGGACCUGGCCCUGGAUGGACACCGUGCAGGGAAUCACGGUGGACACAAGGGAGGACAGAAGUCAGGGAGGCAGACUCAUCAACAUGGAAACAGUCAUGCUGUCCCAAAACUGGACGACGACGACAAGACACCAGCUCCCCCGCAGUUCCAGGAGAACGUGUUUAUCGAGAGCAGCAGGUCCAAGUAUGUGGAGGACCUACACACCGAGGCCCUCGAAGGGCUGAAAAUGAUGCAGCAAGAAGAAAACAGUAAUGGAGUGGAGUUUCAAGAUAAUGAAAGCACAGUUUCGACUGUGACUGUGCAAACCGACGGGGAAAGUGGGGGGUUUAUGACAGACAGCACCAUUGCUGACACCUCCUCUGUUGUCUCGAGACAGUCAUCUGUGUCUGCAAGAUCGUCCCGCUCUGGACUCACCAGGCAAGGAUCAACGUUCAGACCACUGAACUCUGGUAAAAAGUCAGAAAAAAACAAGACACGAAGACGUCAUCGGAGAACUGUUCCAGGGAUUCCACGACAUGUUCAGAAAGAGCUCGGCUUAGAUAGAGUUGGCUGGACAGUCCAGCAGCUGGAUGAAGAGCAGCUUUACAAUGGAGAUGUUGAUAACAGCCCUGUGACUUAUGGGCUGGAGCAAGGAGCAAAAUCACCAAAGAAAACUGGUGCCAGCCCUCAAGCCGCAAACAUCAUCCAUCCACUUAGUAGAGAGAAAGUGGCACAGCUGAAUGCUGCCCAUGCUGCUCAAAGGGACGACCUGGCCCUGCUGCACCGUCUGAAUCAUCACUCUGCAGAUGAGGGGAGGCCUCGGUCCUUGGCCGUGCCAUGGUUGACCACUACGUCCAGCCUCCAACAGAAGCCCCCCAGCCUUGUCAUGACCAUGUCGCCCCAGGCUACGUACAUGUCCAAAAUUAUUCCAAACGCUGUGCUGCCUCCCUCCAUUGACGUGGUGGAAAUCAGCCGCGGAGGAAGUCGCAGCAGUGUGCGCAUGGUCAGCAAGAGCAGCCUGUUGCUGUCCAGCCCUGCUCCCUCCCGUGCUUCAUCUAGAGCUUCUUCAUCAAGAACCACGUCCUCCAACAUCACCUCUGCCUCCCGCUACAACGGCCCCACUCUGUCUGACGCCUCCUAUUGGAGCACUUCUGAAUCUUCAGAGACCUUAGUAUCUGACUCUUCAACCAUCUCCAGCAGCAGUACCCCUAGACAAAAAAAUUAUCACGAUGUAGAUAAUUCUGCUAAGUAUAAUAAGGUUAAUAGUAAUUCUAAUGGCCCCUUCAACACCAAGGUCCUAAUGAAGGGAGAGCAGAAAGAUGGGCAGUUUGCACGUAGCCUCUCUGUCAUGAAGCCCAAAAAAGCUCCACCUCCACCAAGUCGGUCAAAUUCCCUUCACAGCAACAGGAAACAACGAUCAGGGGCUCUGGCACAGGUUGCAGUAGAACCAACAGUCCUGAGUAAGGAGAAGGAAAACAAGAAACCUGGAUCAUCCCCAGUGCCCUCCAUGAGCAUAGACAGCCCUGGUUAUCAUGGAGAUACCAGCUCUCUGGAUGACUCCACUGGCUCAACAUUGUUCACUUUUAACAAAUCCUCGUCACUUGCACCAAAGAUAGAGGAUUCAAUAAAGAAUGCAGCAACAGAUUGCAAAGAAGAUUCAGAAAAGAAACAGGCACAGUUUCAAAAGAACAAGCACGGUGGAUUAUUGUCUCCAUCCAGUGGCUACUCCAGCCAAGAAGCAACAUCUCCACAACAGCCUCCCAGCACCUCUCUAAACCACAAGAAGGGGUUUUUAACAAAGCUUCAGCAGUUAUUCGCUGGGUCUACCGCUGCUAGUUUGGCUCCAUCCCUCCCGACACAGCCAGAGGUUACUGAAAAAACCAACUCCACCUGCGAAUCUAAACAUGAUACACUCAUCGUCAGCCCCUCGGUUCAGACCCUGAGAGAACUUUUCAACAUCCCUCCUCCACCCAAGGUCCACGCUCCACCGGCUCCUCCCCCCGAGGUGUGGGCUCACAGUAAACGUACAUUUGAGUUACUCCUGGGACCUCCGGCUCCUGACAACGUCUACGCCAUCAUAAAGAAGAAUCCCAAGGACAGGAGGCAACAGAGACAGUCUCCCUCCGUGUCGAGAGAAGGAUCUGUGAAGAGCUUUGUAGUAGAAAGAAAACAGAAGAACACAGCAGUGACAGUGAAUGAAUCACUAGUGGCAAAGAAAGUUCAGGAAAGUGGGAAUUUAAAUGCAGAAAUUCACAAAGAGAAGAUUGAAAGAUUGUCUCAGAAUGGAGAUCUGAAAGGCAACAGUAAAGAAGAGAAGGUGAGAGUAUGUGAUAUGUUAAAUGGGUUGUUAGUAAAGGCUGUAGAACAACGUGAGGAAAGGUUGGGAGUAAUGAGAGAGGAAAAAGAUCCGAAAACUUCCAGACAAGCUACAGAGGAAAAGACGAACACUGGUACGUUAACCACCGUUCCAUUAGUAAAGAUUUCUUCAUCAUCAUCUCCUCCACUGGUGGAUGGUCCUCUCCAACCCACCGUCGUACAGACCACUAAAACUUUCCCAUCAGUACAAGUUGUUUCACCUGAAUCGUCCUGGCCUCCCCCUCCUUCAACAAUGGCUGACGUUAACAUCACCAGAACUGAUGGUCUAGAUUUUCCAUUUCCACCUCCCCCGUUCUUUGUUGAGGGUAGGCUGAUUUCAGCUGUUCAGGUGCCACCAAAUGUGCCCUCCUCUGGUGGCAAUUUAUCAUCUGGAGCUCUGUUUGUUAGACAGAAAGAAAAGGGAGAACCUCUAAAGGUGACAGCAGGAGCUGAACUGCAAGAGAUGGUGGCUCCAUCACCAGAUAUCCCUCCUCCCCCACCUUACACUGCUCCCUCUCCACCAACUACUGAGACUGAAAAGGGCUCUUUCCCACCAAAAAAGUCUGUUUCAACAGUUAAAGAAGUCCCACAUCUAUUGCCAGCCACAGAGGUUUCUACCGUGCCCCCUAAAGACUGUACUGCUCUACAUACCAAGGAAACAUCUCAGUUCACUGAAAAGGCUGCACCGCUAAGUAUUCCACCUCCACCACCCCUACCAACACAGGUCCAACAGGAGAUGGAUCCUGCUAAAAAGAACGUCCAACCGAAACCUGUAACAAAAGAUUUACCAAACAGUAUUUUAAUCCUCCAUCAGAGUAUUCCUUCCCCUCCUCCUUUAGAGUCUACUCUCAAACCUUCAACUGAUUAUUCAGGAAGUGACGAGGCACCAAUUUUACCACCAUCUGAGUUCAGAAACGCUGCUUUACUGAAUGAGUCAGAAGAACUCACUCCUACUCAACCUAUUAGUGUCCCCUUGCCUCCACCUUUGCCAACACAGGUUCCUGCAAGCAGUAACCAUAAACCUGGUCCUCUCAGCAUAGAAAAGCAACACCAAGCAACAGCCUGCGCAUCUGAUGUACGUAGGAAACAAAGUAAUGCUAUCACCCCCUCCCUCUUGAAAAUGGUCAAGCUUCGGUCUAUUGACAACAGCCUUGAACCCCAAGAGCAGGCCUCUUUUAAAGGUGUCCAGGAGGAACCCCCUGCCAUUGUAACUGCAUUACUUCGGCAGAUGGACAAGCUUUGCUCUGUGAACAACAGCCCUGAACCCACUGAGGUUGCCACAAGUGUAAAAGAGGAAGCAAUACCAUCUUUUCUCCAGGAGGUCAAGCUUCGGUCCAUCAACAACAGCCCUGAACCAGCUGAAGCCACUAAGGAGGCAAACGAGGAAUCGGUGACCAAUGACACCCAAUCGUCUCUGCAGACGGUCAAGCUUCAGGCCAAUAACAGCCCAGAGCCCUCUGAAGUUGCCACAGGUAUAAAAGAGGAAGUAACACCAUCUUUUACCCCGAAGGUCAAAUUUCAGGCUAACAGCCCCAAAGCCCUUGAAGCUCAAGAGCAACCAAAGCCAGAGGCCACAGUGAACCAACAGCUACCUGACAAAGAGCUACCAAUCUCGUCUUCCAGCAGCGAAGCUCCUCAGAAGCCUGUCAGAAAAUCUCUGAUCAUGACAUCUUCACCUGCCCCCACCAGCUCACAACCAGCUCUGCCCCAGUCUCAGUCUGUUGUAGUUCCACCCACAGCUUUACCAACAGUCUCUCCAAUGAAAAAGCCUCCCCCUGCUACAACCUCUUCUGGCUCUAUGAACCUGCAAGAGGUCAUCCGCCUCAGGACAGCCACCAGAUCAAAACAGGGUCCUGCUUCUCGCCUUUCACCUUUGGCCCCUUUAGACUACCUUAAAUCGCCGACCAGCACUGCAAGCUUUAUCUUCUCCAAAAGCAACAAAAAGGAAGUGAUUGAGACGACGCAAAAGCAAGAGGAGAUGGAAAAUGUACAAAAAAACGUGGAUGAUUUCCCUUUGACAAAGGUGGCGAGUGAAGGAGAAUCAAAGAUGGGAGAGAAAGUGCCACCACCUGUUGCAAAGAAACCAAAAACAAGGGGAAAAGAGGCUGAGACCAGUGAUGCUGUGGAGCAAACUGCAGGUCAGGAAGCACAGCAAGAUGGUCUCAAAGAUGCCACUGAUGAAAUAAACGGGACAGCAGGAACUGUUCAGGACAGGACAUGAUCAGCAUGAUAGCAAAGCCUGAAGGAGACCUUGGAAGGACUAAAUAACACUGACUUCUUUUUAAUGCAUGUGUUUGAGAAACAACUGGAUUUCAAUUGAUGAGGUUCUUAUUUUCAGAAUUUAUGCAUUAGGAAGUUAAGUUUUAUGUUAAUGGUGUGGGGGCCUUAAUUUUCAUAAGUAUUCAUUUUGCAUUUUAGAGAAAGUAAAUGUUUAUUUUCUUUCCCAGAGGGUUGUUUGUGCUUUAUGUUGCUUAAGAUGUGGGGGGGAUAUGCUGCCCUCUAGCGUCUACCAGUGAUUACACCACUUACAUAAUAUGUCCUGCUGAAUCAAAGCUUUAGUCUUUGCUUGUAUCAAUGGGAUCUUCGGGAACCGAUUUGUGUGUGUUUUAUAUAACAUUUUGUUUAUUUAACAUAUCUAAUAAUUAUGGAUGUGUUCCACAGAGUUCUGUAUAUUUUCCAAAGGAGUUUCUACACCAAUUAUUUUUGUUUAAAAAUAUAUUAAGUUAUUUCUGUUUCAUCGGGUUUCCCCUCAGAGGAUUUUAUUCAGUGCAAAGAUCAUUAUUGUUUAAACUUGCUGUUUGUGUUGAGGAUCUAUAAUUGUCAUAUCAGAAAUCCCACAUUUUUUAAAUGUGCAUGACAAGGUAAGUACAAAUAUGCGCAUAAAGCAACGCAAGUCUUUAUAAAGAUCAUUUCCUGCUGCUUUUAGUUACUGUUGAUGAGGGCAAUGCCUUUCUCUUACAGGUCCAACUUGUUUUUGUUGUAUCAUAAAAUUUCAAACUAGUUUUAGAGGCUGUAAUGGAGGAUAUAAUCAUUUAUAAAGAAAAUAAAACACUUGUAUACAAAUCAACAUGUAAUUUUAAUGUAUAUCUUUACUCUCAACGAUGUGCAAAGGUACUUUGUUCCUUACAGAUUACUUUGGUUUUUUGUCACAUUUAUUAAAUACAUUUAACAAAGA